GACUGAUCUCCGUCAUAAUUGCAAGCUUUAUGCACACUGAAAAUUUCCCUUCCAGAUUCGUUUCUUGAGAAGCUAGGAGCUUCUUUCAUAUGACUUGGAUCGAUUCUAUCGCGCUCUCCUAGUCAACGUCCUUUGAAGGAUAGAGCGUGUAAAAGCGAGAUACUCCUCACGCGCUCCCGGCUGACGGGGUUUUGGUGUGAACCUUCGUCACCAUGGAGGCCGGCAGGGUUGCUGAUUUAAUCUCUGCGCAUAGCGCAGCUAUGACAAACGACAUCUCUCGUGCGACAUCUCCUGGAGCUGGCUGGAGGGAAGGAAAUGGCGCAAAUGGCUACGAACCUGACAAAGUGGCGCGAAGCCGACCUCGUACCUUCCCUUAUUUUCGAUAUCUACCUUACGCAGUCGAGGACGAUGCGGAACGAGAAGCAACCCUUGAUGAAAUCAUCAAACAACUUUUCAUGGCUGUUGAAGCAGGGGACUUCUCCCCUGGAGCUGUGCAUUGGACAAGGGAGCUUCGGAGUUGGCUUGGAUUGAAGUUUGAUCCUCGGCGUUCCACUCGUAUCAAGCUCGUCAGGCUCUACUAUGAGCUUGCCCUGGCUCCUGGUAUCGAUCCGAAUGUUGUAGAGAGGUUUGCCAGCAUGUUUAUGAUCUUGACGAAGAGAAAGCACUACCUGAGACCCGGCGUUGACCUGAAAUUGGACUGGCGACCAUUGUAUAAGGAGCUUAAAGUAUUUGUGCUCCCUUCUCAGUCCGGCAUGGUUCACACAACAACAAUCAAGCGAAGCAUUCGGACUCUAACCAAACUCUGUGCAUUCUCUCAACUCUACUUCGACCCUCGCGAGAUCCCUGCAAUGCUCGAAGAAUUCUUGCCAUACUUUACGACCUCGUUCCCGGAAGGAGGAUACGUUGUGGUUGGACUGCUCAAUUUAUUGAUGCCCACGACGCCUGCUCCUGCGGAGGACGAAAAGUUGCAGCCGCAGAAUUAUCUGCCAACAUUCUUCCAUCUUUGGUCGCUGGUAAACCGUUCAAGAACCUUCGACAUUAAUUUUCUCGAUAUUCUAUCUCGGCUGGCGCGAGAUUCUCUACCCGCUAAACAUAUCCCAUUUUCGGAAUAUGGCAUAUUUACCAAAGAGCAAUCGACUCUUAUUUUUACAGCUAUUUUGAGAUUGUUAGAAAUCCCGGUUGGACAGUCAACGUCACCUUACAGCGCAGUGGUCGAUCUCUCCGCAGGGCUGGCUUUGAUGUUAGACAGGGAUCAACGGAAGCAUCCAAUUGCACACCAUAUUGCCCGGUGGAUCGUCAUGUCGUUAUCGCCAAAGUGCUUAGAGCAGGAGCACUCAGUACUUUCAUGUCUUGAGGGUCUCAUCGAAGCAGUAGAGACAUUUUUCCAUCCAUCAAAUUCUGGCGUGUGGACAAAGACCCUCGCCCAACUGGUUUAUUACCUCGCCGACUUUUUCGUCAUGCGUUGGAAUCGCGAGACUUCGGGUGAAACGGAACUCCCGGAAGAGAGACGGCUCAAUGAGCCUCUCAAGAGGAGAUUCGUGCUUUGCCUGAGAGAUGUUAUCUUUAUGGGAAUAUAUGCAAAGAGCGGCACUGCGAUGAACUUUUCACUCUCAACACUGCAAAGUUUGGCAUUUCUCGAGCCAAAUCUGAUCCUUCCGGGUGCCUUGCAACGCAUUUACCCUUCCAUUCAGGGACUGGUCGAAGUGCAUCGGACGACAUCCUCGCUCCGAUCUCUUCAGAUCUUGUCCAAAAUCAUGGUUCGUACAAAAGGAUUCCGAUGUCAUAUAACGACCUUGCUUGGAUUGGCACUCCCCGGUAUCGAUGCAAAUGAUUUAGAGAAGACUUUGCACACUCUUUCAUUUGUUCAGUCUGUCUGUUACAACAUUCCUUUCUGUGACAUGACCAAAGACGACGAUGAGAUUAAUGGGAGUGCCCUAGCUGUCCAGUGGAUCACGUCAGAGGUCGAAAGGAUGGAGAUAGAAGGGGUUAAUGUUCAAAUGGACUAUGAGAAUGCGUUGAGUGACGAAGAUGAAGCUAUGAUUCUGCGGUCUUCGACGGCCGGCUUCGGAGAAUUUUUAAUAUCGUUCCUUGGAAGGGUUUUCACCCUGUUAGAAAAUCUCCCAGAUGCCUCGCGCGUUCGAAGUGGAUCACCGGAGGAGAACGUCGUAAACACUUUACCGGCAACGUUUACGCCACUGCUUGCGUCUUUGUCUCCAGAGUUGUACGACCUCGCCUUGGGCAAGAUUGCCGAUUUUGUUGCCAACCACGUUAUUCAUCAGGCGCGCGAUGCCAUGGCGUUUAUUUGCAAUGCGCUGUGCAAGGUCAACCCGAAAAAGGCGCUAAAGCGUCUGGUUCCUGUGCUAGUGCAGGCAAUACGUUCUGAAAUUGAUGAAAAUGGAGCCGCAUCUACGAGAAACACUGGCUCAGAUGUGCUCCCUAGAGAUCGAGGACUCGUAUGGCAUGUUAGCAUGUUGAGCAUGUGCGUUGUGCAUGUUGGAGAUGCCGUGCUCGACCACAAGAAACAGCUUUUCGACAUUGCUUUGUACAUGCAAAGCAAGUGCAAGGGCAUCCCUACGGUACAUGUGUCGAACUACAUCCAUCAUUUACUUCUCAAUUUGACUGUCACCUAUACCCUGGACUACUCGCUUUAUGAGCCGGAUGUAUUGUCCAGAGGAUUGUGCAUCGACGAUUGGGGUCAAAGUCCGAAACCAGACGAACUGACCAUAAGCUGGCAUGUACCAAAUAGGGAGGAACUAGAAUUUGCCGUAGAGCUAUUCCAAUCACAAGCGGAGAGUGCUCUUUACCAUCUAAGUUCUUUGACUAGCGACGACUCUCCAAUCAAGCGGGAUGGGACUGGUAAAGAGUGGUCCGACGAAGUGUCGAGGAAUUUAGUUCUGCUUCGAUUAAUUCUUUCUGGUAUUUCCAUGCUUUUUGAUCACAAAGCAGCGUCCAGAUACGGCAAAGAGGAAAGCCCUCUUGUAAAUGGUGGCGCAGACGCACUCGCCACCGCCGAGGACGAUAAUCAGGAUUUGGACGAGGAGGAAGUGGUCUUGGGUGAUGACGAUGAGGUUGUCAAACCCACCUUCCAGUAUCCCGCUGGAUAUCCUCUACAUGACGACGACCCUCUACACUCUGUUAUUCACGACUUGCGGGAGAGAACCGGUCGCCUUCUCCACAGCGUCCAUAGAUUCCUCUGUGAGAAACAAGAAGACGAUGUUUCAUGCUUCACUGCGUUAUAUACUGCCUAUCGCUCCUGGUUUAUCGAUGUUGGCAUCGAGCGGUCCGCUCACGUACUCGAUCGAGUGACUAGACUUCUUGCCGCAGAUAUACAUCCAUACAAGGUUAGUGGCCUUCGCAAGGAAUACCCAAGGCCGCUACUCUUAAGAAGAGCAAAUGUGUAUCAUCUGCAGCGUCUACGGCACAAUGCUUCUCCCAGACCAAAGUCGGAGCUCGAUAAAGUAUUGUUACUUGACCUUGCGGAAUCAAGCGUAUCACUCUACACGGAUAUCAGAAGAAACGCCCAAAGUGCAGGGGAGUCGGCCGUCAAAGUGCUAAUUGGGGCCCGUCCUUUGGUCAUUCCGCCCCUGCUAAGUGCUUUGGAGGAGGCAGUCGAGAAGAAUGACUUCCCCCGUAUUAAGGGGGCCAUCUAUUCUCUCCUUUUUGGAAGUCUUGCAAGAACUGUGAGCAGGGACUGGAGAUUCACACCAUCUCUUAUCAGGUCCUUUAUAGCUAUCAGCUCCGUAGACAAACCAUCUAUUCAAAAGCUCUCGGCUGGUGCAACCUACCAGGUCAUGGAGUUCGGAAGGCCAAGUGAGCGUAUGGUCAUUCUUGACGAGGCUAUUGUGAAGGCCAUAGCGCCACCUUCCUACGAAAGCCUUGCGCCCAAAAUUGCGAAGAAGAAAAAGUUUGUGGAGACUCGACGAGGCAGAGUGGAGGCUAAGAAAGCUGAGCUUGCCGGUGAACUCACUAAGCUCGCCAGAGAGUCGCAUUGGAAGAAAGCCAGUCGGACUGCAGCAAUUAUUAUUAACUUAGGUCUCCGAUUUGAUACCAUCGCUUCAGAAGAUAUGGUGGAUCUAGUAACCCGAGGAACGAUAGACUCACAUCCAGGACUUCGCGGUCUCUAUUCUGGAGCACUUGUUGCUUUAUUUUCCUUGGUGGAAAUGCGGGCUUUGUGCAAUCAUAGCUACGAGAAGUAUUUGCUUGAGGAGCACGAGAUACCUUCCAAAGUGGAGAUUCCUACUCGGCGCGACGAUCUUAAUUGGACCAAGGAAUACCUAGCAGGAUUUGCUCAACCCAACGCACAAUUCUAUGUGGACCAUGACUAUCCUGGUUGGUUGGUCUGGGACAAAUCUAUGCCCGCAUACAGAGCCAGCCCGAAGAAGCUGGUGGAGUACGAUCAAGUAGAAAUGAAGGUGCGGACGCAAAUGGGAAAGAUUCUUACCCGUGACUGGUUCAAGACAUUCUUCAACUAUCUAAAGCAAGAACCUCGAGACUCUGGUGCUGAUCGUUUCCGCAUGGCAAGCGCAAUGAUGCUUCUUUACGCAUUCGGUUUGUUAAUCGAUAACCUCACCGCUGCAAGCUUUGAGGACAUUCAAGAAGAGGUCAAAGAAGUUUUUGAUGAUGGAUCUGAUAAGCAUCAGCAUCGCGCAACGGCUGAGAUUCUUGGCGCACUUCUCACCUCUGUCACUGAUCACCCUCUUGAAACGAGGACAAAGGUUUGGGAAUAUGCAUUCCCUAUUGUGAGAAAGAUCUUUACAGACGGCAUCACCCCGGAGAACGCCUCAUAUUGGACGACAUUUCUGCAUUUGCUUCUACAGGGCAGAGAUCCCAGACGAGCCUGGCCGAUCGUCGACUGGCUCUCCAGUUUUAGACUGGAUAUGAACUCCAACGCAGCAUUCAAGGAGAGCUCGAAGAUCCAGUUACUUCAACAAUGCAUCAUUGAUGCUGGGUGGCAUUUCCAGCUCGAAAAACCAAUUCUCGAGGAUUUCUUAGCCCACCUAGACCAUCCGUAUAAAGGGGUGCGAGAAGCCAUGGGUCAAACCUUGGCUAGUAUCUACAGGACACGCUACCAUGAGUCACAUAGAACUAUCGAGGAGCUGAUGCAGCACGAAAAGGCCGUCUCUUCUAUUGGUAGUAGACCAUAUCAGCCGUCGAAGGAUUUCACGGACACAAUGGAAGCAGUCUUCGGGAGAUUGGAAAAAUGGAGAAAGGAGAGACCAGCAGGGCAGCAGACACCCUCAUCAUAUACGUCCGGCAGCAAAACCGUGCUCUUGUGGCUUGACGCAACUCUUUCGUCUCAUGAGUGUACCCAACUGCUGCAGUUCUUCCCAACGCUCUUUACUGAACAGCUGUUACACAUGAUGGACAUCAAGGAGGACCCAGAACUGCAAUCCCUAGCCUACCAUGUGUUUCGACACUUACCAAACAUUCCUCAUCGCUCGGGAGAAGAUACAGAUUUCGUUAAGGAGUUGAUCCGGAUUGGCACAACUUCGCCUCUGUGGCAUCAGCGAUUGCGUGUUCUGAUAAAUAUGCAAGUUGUCUAUUUCCGCCGUCUCUUCUUGAUUUCUCCUGCAGAUCAACAAGCCCUGUUUGAUUGCGUGUCUGCGAUGCUCGAGGAUCCGCAGCUCGAAGUUCGCUUGGGUGCUUCCACCACUUUGUCGGGCAUGAUCCGGUGCUCCCCUGUGUAUCUGCGGACUAGGAUUGUCCACCAACUCAAAAAGAAGUUUACCAAUAUGUUGCAGUCCUCGCGGCCGCCCAAGCGUAGCGGUGUCGGCACUCCUACUCCGGAGCAGACCAAAGCUGUGCUUUUCCGUCACGCGGCAGUCUUGGGCUUGGGAGCUUUAGUGCAGGCUUUCCCGUACAUGUCACCCCCUCCUGCGUGGCUACCCGAGGUACUUGCAACUAUUGCUGUCAAAGCCGCGGCAGAUGCAGGGACCGUCGGAAAGAGUGUCAAGUCUAUACUCAGCGACUUCAAGAAAACGAGACAAGACACUUGGCACGUCGAUGUCAAGGUCUUCUCCCCCGAACAACUCGAGGACCUUGAAGGGGUGCUCUGGAAGAGCUAUUUUGCGUAAAAGGUGGCUGCCGCCAUUGAAGCUUGUUAGAAAUUGGUUACUCUUUGACCGACUACAUUGUUGCCUCAUGCGAAGCGUUUAUUCAUUGGACAUCUUUAUUUGUUUACGAGAAGGCCUCGAGCAAUAGACGGUCUUCGUUGUAUAAUAUUGGAGUGGAUGUCGAAGCUCUGAGUUCAUGCAUAUAUUCGGCGAAUAAUUUUCAUAUUGGACUCGUUUGGAGCCACUGACUGUGCGUAUGAGCAGAAUAAAUGUAUGUAAAAUGAAUAUUCCUAACGACCAG